CUGCAAGUGCGCGAUUUCCUAAAGUGUAUGUAGCCGCUGCAAGGGCCCUUCUGUAAACGCGGAACUGAGAAAGUUCGCAGCCCCCGAAAUGGAGGAUGGCACAAUCGCUUUCACGGAGACGUUCCAGUCGGAAGGCGUCGAGUUCGAUGCCACCUACCAGCGGAGCAUUGCAGACAUCGAGGAGCAAACGGUUGGGAGCGGCUGGCUCUUCGGGCGCGGAGCUUUCGACAAGGCCGAUGAGCAAUACCUGCGUGACUUCAACCGGACCAUCCGGAAGCAGGAGACCCAGAUGGACGAGCUUGCACGUGAGAUGUGGGAGCGAGAGCGGCUCAAGCUGGAGAGGGAUGCCAUUGCCGCCGCCAACGCCGCCGCCAUGCAGCGGGCUGCCAGCCUAGGCGAGGCCGCCGCUGCUGCCGCCGCGGGGGCUGGGGCGCUUGGUGGAAGCGGGCAGCCAGGGCCGGCGGCGGGGCUGCCGGGUCCAGCAACUGCAGCCGGCAACAGGCCUGAGCCGCUCCUGCUGCAAGUACGCGUCACGUCCAAGCACGAGCGGCGAAGCACGUCUCCAGAGGCCGAAGCCGUGCCCAACGGUGGCGACGGCAUGGAGCCCGCCUGCAAGCGGCCAAGGACGGCGGCUGGCGGCGCAGCAGGCGAGGUCGGGCCAGUGCCCUCCUCCGCAGCGCACGCGGCGGCGUCCAAGGCGGCCCGCCCCUCCAGAGGCGCCACCAUCGCGCCCAACGCGGCGGCUGGCUUCCCAACGUAUGGCGGGCAGGCAGCAGCAGCAGCUGCAGCAGCGGGGAAAGCUGCCGCUGCCGCUGCCGCUGCCACAGCUGGAGGUGGGGGUGGGGGCGCCUUCUUCGGUGGCUACGGCAGCGCGUCGGAGAGCGACGGCUCGGACGACGAAGACGACCAGCCCCGCUGCCACCAACACGGCCGCAAAGGCGCUUCAGCGGCGGGGGCCGCGCAUGGAAGAGGCGGCCGCGCAGGAGCUGGCACAGCACCCAAGCCCAAACCGGCGGGCCUGCCGGCGCUGCCGCUGAUGAGCGCAGAUGCUCUUUUCAGCGACAAUUCGUAUAUGGCGGGCGGUGUGCUAGCAACACGGCUGGCGCCGCAGGCGGUUGGGGGCGCGGACGGCUGGCAAUGUGAAGAGCAGGAUUCCGAGGAUGAGAGGCAGGAGGAGGCGCGGGCCAGGGCGGAGCGGGAGGCGCGGGAGGAGCGGGAAGCGCAGGAGCGGGAGAAGCGGAAGCGUGCCAAGGCCAGAGAAAAAUAUGGGUUUGCUGGGUUCGAUGUGAGCAGCAGCGAGGAUGAGGACGAGGACGAAGAGGAGGGUUACUAGUGCGAGCGGUGGUCGGUGGAGUUAUUGCGGCAGCAGGACCCUGCCACACAUUCGGGUCAGUAGAGGCAGCUGGGUCACGGACGGCUAGCCCCGGUACUGCGGGCAUGCUGGUCCAGAGCGCUUGUGCGUGCGCUUUAUUUGAUGCCUUCGUGCUCACAACAUUUUGAAGGGCUGCGCGCGAUUUGUCGCAGCGAUUUGGUAGACUGCAUAGGCGUGCGCGGGAACAACUGGAAGAAGGUCUUGCAGUG